AUGGAAACAUUAGAAUCUAUGUUGAAAGCUGUACGCGAUUUUCUUACCUUUCUUGAACAGAAUAAACAAAAUAUUCUCAAUAUAUCGUCUGUUCCAUCUGUGAAAUUUCACCCAGUACCAGGUUGUUCGGAAUAUACAACCAGUCUCCCUUCUGCGAAAAAUGAUUACGUUGCUCAAACCCCUUUUGUACUGUUACCUAAACUUAAUGAAAACCCAGAUAUCUCCCGAAGUGUCGAUACAUAUUGUAAAACGCCCAAGUCAUCAAGGCCUACUCUUAAUCGUUUAAAUAUACCAUGUUCAUUAUCGUCUGAACUAUAUUCAUGGUGUCCUGUCGGACUACAAGUAGAUGGAGAUUGUUCUCUUGCUGGAAUAGAAAGAAGACCAAAUCAAAUGUCUUGUAGAUUUGUAGUAACUAAUCGUGUGUCAUAUGUUUCAGAAAAUGGCCAGAUUGUAUGCACGGAAGGUAACAAUAUAUAUUAUUUACGUGGGGGAUUUUCUUGGACAACAUUUUGUGCACUUUAUCCUAUGCUGUUAAUUAACUCACCUCCUCCUGGAAUAGUUGAUGCAUUUUCUAAUGGUUUUCCUGCACAUAAUUGGAGGAGUUGGACUCAAGGACUGCACUACUUUAUAUCUACUGCUUCCGAAGGGGUUAAGGAAUCUGUAGUCAUUAGUUCUAGUGUACAACCUAUAAAUAUGCCAAGUCCUAUUUGUGCCAAUAGGUUGCCAAAGGAAAAUCAAUAUAAGCAUAUAUUAAAUCCAACCAAUCGUGAUGUAGACCUAGAUUCAUUUGUUGGGAAUACAUUUCGUGAUUUGGAAAAAGAUUUGGAGCUUGCUGAUCCUGUUAAGACGAGUAUUCAAACAAAUAAUCAUAGUAACAAUAAAUCACCAAUUGAAUUAAAUGAUAAUAAUAAUUUAUCAUCAAUAGAUUCCUUUUCUCAUUUCACUUCAGUAUCUGAAAAUCAUUAUCCACCAUUAACAUCUAUUCAUUUAUCAAAAAAAUUAAGAAAAUCGAAAUUUAUUGAUAAAAAUCCAUUAAAUGAUCAAAAUCAUUUAAUCAAUAAAAAAUCAAUAAAACAAAAUAAUCAAUAUUUAUUAACAGAUAAAGCUAAUUUACGUAAAAUUAAAAAACAAACAAAUAAAAGUCAAUUACGUAAUUUAUUAUCAAAUCAUCAAUCUUUAUUCAAUGAUCAAAGUGAUAAUAAUAAUGAUGAUAAUGAUGAUGAUGACAAUAUUGAUGAACGUUAUCGUUUAUAUACAGCCUCAGGUAAAGUAGUUGAUGUUAGACAGUUAAACCGUACAAGAUCUGGACGCAUCGUCAUACCGAAACUAGACGCGCGUUAUGAACAAAGUGUUGUUUUAAAUCGUGGACAUGUAAUGGGUGUCAGUCGUAAUACAGAUGAUGAGACUUUAAUAUCUUGGGUCUCGGAAUCAUCUAGUCAUUAA